GCGGGGGUUAAUUCUGACAUAUUUUCAUCUUAGCAUGCGGAGAAAACAUAGUGGACGUUUGGGAUCUCAAUCAAGGAAAUCGUUGACUGUGUCGCUCACCAGUCGCUCACCAUCUAGACUCCAGCAUAUUACCUUCACAAAUUCAGAGUGCCCUUUCCACUUGACGACAACCUUCCUCGUCUCAAUGUCCCACAUUGCUUGAAGCUAUGGCUACACACGCGUGAAUUUUGACGUCACAAGUCGCGACUUGAUCGACAACUUGAAUUUGAAUUUGAACACGUGAAAUCAAGUGACUUGGUACACAUAUGUCUUAUCCGACAUCAGUGACUGUUGUUCCGACCACGACAUCGCCAACCACAUCAGCAUCCCCGAUUACUAUUUCCACUUCUUCGAUAUCUUCCGUGAGCAGCAGCAAUGCCGCAACAUCAACUACCCCUGCAAUGAGUAGAACAACUCCGAUUGCAACCUCCAUGACACCCGUGGCAACUACAUUACCCACUACGAUUACAUCAAAACCUCCCUACGGAUCAACAGCCGUCGUCACCACAGAGAUAUCCGCAACCACCUCUGUUGCUGUUCCCACACCAUCUCCUGUAAACAACUCAUCAAACACCGGCGCAAUCGUAGGUGGCGCCAUCGGUGGUGUCGUCGUCAUAAUCGUCCUCCUUGGGCUUUUCCUCUUCUGCCUACGCAGGCGCAGAAGGCGAAAUGAAUCUGACGGGAACCUGAACCCCGAUCAUAUCGUUUCCCAUUCCUCAGGUGGCAGAACCCAGCCCCAGAUCGACCUGGGGGAAGAAAACGAGAGCACCCCCUUACCUUACCCUGAACAUGAUAGGAGCAUGCGUCAAUAUGGAGAACCGUUCCUACCUGCGGGUGCCGCCCCUGCAGGUAUCCACCGCACAACAUCCCCACUCGGCUCUCCCUCGCAAUACAGCGACACUGCCACCUCCCCCGGCGAGGGGUACCCCUCUCAGGGCUUCGUACGCCCAGACUUGGGCCAGUAUCCCCAAGGAGGGCCGAACACAUACGCAAUGCAGCAAGCAGACUGGCACACCACGCGCCCACUCACAACACCUGCUCCAAGAGUCGGCAAUGCAUCUGCAUCUUCUUCCGGUCGCGGGAUGAAAGAGCGAGAAACCGCUGCUACAGCUGGCCGCCAGGGGCUCGUCCUACCUACGCAGCUAGAAGUUGACAGUGAGGGGUCUGGCGCUGUUCAGCACCAGGAUGCGGGACAGGAAGGAGAACCGAGAGAUGUUCCGCCUGCAUAUGAGUCUAUAGGGCAGUAGACUCGUCGCAUGCAUGCAUGCAGGGAUCCAAUGAAAAUUAUCCAGCUGUCACGAUUGUGUCCAGAGUGAUAGCCACGAAACUCAACCAUAA